AUGGCCAGCAAUUCCAUCCGACUCCUUACCGGGAACAGUCACCCCGAGCUCGCUAAGGCAGUCGCCGAGCGGCUGAACAUCCCGCUCACGCCCUGCAUCGUCAAAAAGUUCUCCAACGGCGAGACGAACGCGAAGAUCACCGAGUCCGUCCGGGACUCGGACGUGUUCAUCAUCCAGUCCGGCUGCGCGGACGUGAACGACCACCUGAUGGAGCUCCUCAUCCUCAUCUCCGCCUGCAAGGGCGCCUCUGCCCGGCGCAUCACGGCCGUCAUCCCCUGCUUCCCCUACGCGCGCAUGGACAAGAAGGACCGCUCGCGCGCACCGAUCACCGCCAAGCUCGUCGCGAACAUGCUCGUCGUCGCCGGAUGCGACCACGUCAUCACCAUGGACCUCCACGCGAGCCAGAUCCAAGGCUUCUUCGACAUCCCCGUCGACAACCUCUACUCGGAGCCGAGCAUGCUCGCCUGGAUCCGCCUGAACAUCCCUGACUGGCAGGAAGCCGUGGUCGUCAGCCCGGACGCCGGUGGUGCAAAACGGGUGACAGCCAUCGCGGACAAGCUAGGCGUCGAGUUCGCGCUCAUCCACCGCGAACGCAAAGCUCGCGCGCAAGGCGCCGAGGAGACGAUGGAACUGCUCGUCGGGAACGUGCAAGGCAAGGUCGCGAUCCUGGUAGACGAUAUGGUCGACACGGGCUCGACCCUGACCCUCGCCGCGUACUCGCUUCGCAAAAAAGGCGCCAAGCAGGUCUACGCCCUCAUUUCGCACGGACUUCUGAGCGAGGUGAAUCUGAAGCUUAUAGAGGAGCUCCCUAUCGAUCAUCUCCUAGUCACCAACUCCGUGCCGCAGAAGGAGCACGCUUCGACGAUUAAGAAACUCGUCACGCUGGACAUCAGCCCGACCAUCGCCGAGAGCAUCCGUCGCACGCAUAAUGGCGAGAGCAUCUCGUUGCUCUUCGGGGAUUGGGUAGAGGUCGAGAGCGGCACGGCCGUCUAUUGAUUGGAGCCGCACUAGAGGAUACAAGGUAUCAAUCAUAUCACGAAUCUGUACAACAACAAACAUCCCGAAUGCAUUGGACCCUGCUGG